AUGGCUCUCCCGACGAAAGGACGCGUUGUAAUCGAGACGACGUUUGGAGAGAUUGAUAUCGAACUUUGGGCGAAGGAAACACCAAAAGCAUGUCGAAACUUUAUAGCACUCGCUCUGGAGGGGUACUAUGACGGUGUGAUCUUUCACCGGGUCGUACCCGGAUUUCUGGCGCAGACGGGUGACAGGACUGGGACGGGGAACGGUGGAGAGUCGUUUUACGGCGUAUGA